AUGGGUAUCACAGAAACUUGGUUCACAGAUAUUUCCCCAAUAUCUAUGUACAAACUCCCUUGUCUUGAUCUUAUCACUAACUCCCGGUCUGUAAAAUCCGGAGGUGGAGUUGCUUUGUACAUUCCGCUAAUGUUUCGACACCAAUAUUUAAGUGAACUGAGUAUUAUGAAAGCUGAUAUUGAGGCAUUAUUUGUCGAAAUUGUUGAAAUGGGGUGGAAAAAUAACUUGAUUGUCGGUGUUGUCUAUAGACCACCUAAAGGUAAUAUCUAUAACUUUAUGAAUGAGCUCAACUCACUUCUUUCUAACCAAUUACUUAAGGGUAAACAUUUAAUUUUAAUGGGGGAUUUUAAUAUAGACCUUUUAAAGGUUGAUCAAAAUUCUAAGGUUAAUGAAUUUAUUGAUUUAUGUACGUCCUUCUCAGUUUUGCCUCUGAUAACCAAACCCACUCGAGUAGAAAAUUCAUCGGCUACUCUUAUUGAUAAUAUGUUUUCAAACAUCCAGCCCUUCUCUGAAUCAGGAAUAAUUGUCACUGAUGUUUCCGACCAUUUUCUAGUCUUCACUGAACUCCUACGAUAUACUGGGCAAAAAGAUGCUCCCUUAAUACAAAGAAAGUUUGUAUAUAAUGAAAGGAACCUUUCAAUAUUCAGAGAAAGGCUGGCUAUGGGAAAAUGGGAUUCUGUUUUCUGUACUGAAGAUAUUGAAACUUCAUAUAACAAUUUUUUGAACACGUUUAAGGCUCUCCAUGAUGAUUUUUUUCAAAUGAAAGUUGUUAAACCUCGAAAGUCUAAAAAAUCUGCCCGAAAGUCUUGGAUUAAUAAGCAUCUUCUUAAACGGAUAAAUAAAAAGUGUCGGUUAUAUUGUAAAUGGAAAAAAGAUGGUACCAACAGUUCUAAGAUAGCAUAUGUUAAGUUUAAGAAUAAGCUCACAAUUGCCCUUCGUUAUGCUAAGAAAAAUUAUUUUCUCAAUAAGUUCAAAGAAGUAACAAAUGACUGUAAGGCAACAUGGAAAGUGAUUAAGAACAUACUAAAUUCUGAUAUUAAAAGUAAAUCGUCUGAAAUUAAGGAGAUAAACUUUAAUGGUAAACUAAUCCAGGAUUUUAGAGAAAUCAGUCACAUUUUUAACAAUUACUUUGCAAAAUCUGGGACCGAUUUAGCUGAGGCGAUCCCAUCAACUUCUAUAUUGCCAGGGAAGUUCAUGGGUGAUCCAAAUCCUAGAUCGAUGUUUAUCUUCCCAGUCACUGAGGCACAAGUAUAUAAUAUUAUUCGUAAGCUCAAGUCAAAAAAGAGUCCUGUGUUCGAUGACGUGUCAAAUGAUCUUCUGAAAAAUAUUUUUUUUGAAAUCGCUACACCUUUAACUUACCUUUUCAACCUCUCUCUGUCGACGGGAACGGUACCUUCAG